AUGGGCGAGGCCGCCCACGGCGCAGCUGGCCACCGGCAGGGGCAACCGCACGUGCUCCCAGUCCAUUUCGAUUCCAACAUCGAUGCCUACAAGAAGGCUGAAGAUGUCAUGAUCGAGGCGAUGCUGAUGGCCCGGGGCUGCCACGGGCUGCUGUCCACGUUCUCCAACGUGUCCGCGUCGUGCGUGUACCUCAGCCCGGAGGAGAAACGGGUACCCGUACACGACUUUCUGGGAGCCGCUGGACCGCAUGCCCCCACCAGGCGACAGCCCGGAGAUCGGCGCGCUGUCCUGCGCCGCCGCUCGCCGCGAGGCCGCGCCGCUCGCCGCGCCGUGCCCCGCCGCCGAGGCGGGGCGGCGCCGAUUCGCCGACGGCGCCCCUCCCAGAGGAAUGGCGCCACGGCGAGCAUCUUCUAG